AUGGCGCAGCCAGGCCACACGGUGGCGCUCCUCCUCGUAGCCACCACCGCGCUGCUGCUCGCGUCCGGCACGACGGCGCAAGACUGCGCGAAUGCGACGUUCCCGGCGGGCCGGUCGUUCGAGCGGUGCAACACCCUGCCCGUACUCGGGGCGAGCCUGCACUGGACGUACCACGCGGCGAACGGCACGGCUGAGCUUGCGUUCCGCGCGCCGUCGACCAGCGGCGGAUGGGUGGCCUGGGGCAUCAACCCCGCCGGCGCCGGCAUGCCCGGCAGCAACGUCUUCGUCGCCUCGCAGGACGGCAGCGGCGCUGUGUCCGUGCUCACCACCGUCCUGGAGAGCACGUCCCCUAGCCUGACCAACGGCACCCUCAAGUUCGACGUGCCGGUGCCGCCCACCGCCGAGUACGCCGGCGGCGCGUACACGAUCUACACCACGGUGGCGCUGCCGGGGAACUCCACGACGCAGAACACGGUGUGGCAGGCCGGCCCGCUCAGCGGCGGGUCCAUACUGCCGCACCGAACGUCGGGGCCGAAUUUGCAGAGCGUCAAGAGGCAGGACUUCCUGUCCGGCUAG